UUUAGGUCUUUUCCUGCUCCAACACAUCUGGUUCAAAGGAAUGAUUUUCCUUUUCAGCCUGUCGUCGAGGUUCAGCUGUGUUGAACCAGGACAACGUCUAAAACACUGCGGUAGACCAACCCUUGAUUCCUGACUUUGGACACCACUGACUUAGUUUAUACGUAUACACCACGGCAUCUGCCUCUCUGUAGUUUAUUUGGAUCUUGGACACAACCAGCAGGAGCUAUCCUACAAUGGGAGACUCUUUCAUCAUAGCUAUAGACUUUGGCACUGCAUACAGUGGAUAUGCCUUCAGCAUAACAUCCAGAGGAGAAGAAAUUGAUCCUUAUGUAAAGGUCUGGGGUGAAGAGGUUGGAUUGGAAACCCCAAAGACUCCUUCCUGCAUUCUUUUUGAUCAACAAGAAGACUUUAUCAGCUUUGGUUAUGAAGCUAAAGAAGAUUAUCUUUCAAAAAAGGGUCAAGAAGCGAGAGACAAGUUGUUCUUUGACUGCUUCAAGAUGGCCCUCUAUGGCAAAGAAAUCAACAGAGAUCUGAUGAUCAAAGCAGCAAACGGGAAAUCAAUGAAGGCACUGAAGGUUUUCACAGAAGCGCUGAGAUUCCUGAAAUAUGAUGCACUGGAAACCAUCAACUCCACCGCAAGAGGGAAAAAGUUUCUUCCCACCGACUUCACCUGGGUGCUGACUGUUCCCGCCAUCUGGGAUCCGUCAGCUAAACAGUUCAUGAGAGAAGCUGCAACUGAGGCAGGUAUUGUGACAGCGGGAAACGAAGAUAAACUGGUGAUUGCGCUGGAACCAGAAGCAGCUUCAGUCUGGUGUAAGAAGCUUCCGGCUGAGGGCUUCAUCACACAGAACAUCAGCAACAACUCACUGGAUAAGUCUCCAGGAACUCAAUACAUUGUUGUCGACUGUGGAGGUGGAACCAUUGACAUCACUGUGCAUGAAGUCUUGGAAGGAGGAACAUUAAAAGAGCUGCACAAGGCCUCUGGGAAUGACCUGGGAGGACAAAAUGUAGACAGAAAAUUUAAACAGUUCCUCAGAGAAAUAUUCUGUGAUGGAGUCUGGGAUAAAUAUGAGGAAAACUACCCUGGUGAGGUUCAGAAAAUAAUGUAUGACUUCACACUUUUCAAAAAAGGGGAUAAGGAUAUAGAAAUCACCUGCUCACUUAACCUGGGAAGAAUAGCACAGGCCAAAAAAGACAUAGAGCAGUUUCUGGUGGGAGUGGACGGAGCUUCCUGGGAUGAAGGAUCGAUCCGAAUCUCCAAAGAGAAGCUGAGGUCAUUCUUUGCCGAGAGUCUGCAGGGGAUCAUUCACAGUCUCAACAACAUUUUAAAGAGACACCACAGAAUUGAGUAUAUUCUGUUAGUUGGAGGGUAUGCUGACAGCCAGAUUCUGCAGAGACGCAUCACUGAAGCAUACAUUGGUGAAUGUAAAGUUCUGUGUCCAUUUAGGCCACAGGAAGCGAUCCUGAAAGGAGCCGUGGAGUUUGGGAGAAACCCAGCAGUUGUAACGACCAGAAAAAGUGCCUUUACCUAUGGGAUAGCUGUUGCUAACAGGUUUGAUGAGUCAAAACAUCGGGCAGAAAAAAAAUACACAAACAAAGAUGGUGAGUGGUGUCAUGAUAUUUUCAUGAGUCUGGUAAAAAUUGCUGAGGAUGUUGGUUGGAACCAAAUCAAAAACUUUAGCUUGUAUCCGACUAACUCUGAUCAAACAACCAGGAACUAUACUUUUUAUUGUACAAAAAGUAAAUGCCCAAAGUAUGUGGAUGAGGAGGGAAUAGAGAAAAUUGGCAGUUUUUCAAUUGACUCACCAAACACUGCACGUGGGCUGGAUCGUGAAGUUAUUCUGAAUAUCAAGUUUGGCUUCACAGAAAUGAAAGCAACAGCCACCGACAUCGAUUCAGGUUCGACAAAAUCAAUCAAGCUUGACUUUAUGAGGAGGUGAAAUCUUUCUGCUGUUUCCUGAGUUCACAAGAACAUCUACAUCUACGUACAAUAUCAAGUUCUGUACGUACUUUGUGCAUACAAAAUGACAAAGUUGUCUAAGUCUACCUUGUGGCUUUUGUGGUCAUUUGCCGCUUUCUGUCUAAACAUGGAACAACUAAUGGAUAACAAAAGGUAAAAUACUGUAAUCCAGCAAUAUUGUAACAAAUAUUGCAUUUCUAAACAAAUGCAUCUGUGAUACCUUUUCUUAUGCGUUCUAUUGUUGAAUAUUGAGGGCUACCAAUAAACUUAUGUCUGCACCUCUAAA